AUGGAGGAUAAGGCUGCUGACUGGGCCCUCCCCUUAAUCAAUAAUAUCAUCAAGGGAGAAGGGAGUGCCCUGACUACCAUUCCAGCCCUUUCAUCCUGGUUCAAGGAGGCCUUUGCCAAUCCUGAUGCUAAACAAGCCACCAUGCAAGAAAUAGCCACCCUCACCCAGACUGCCUCAACAGCAGAAUAUGUCACUGAUUUCUGCAGCCUCAUUGCAGAGCUUGACUGGAACAAGGAGGCAUAUAUUGCGCAGUUUACAAGGGGCCUUCACUGGAAGGUUAAGGAGCUCCUGUCAACCAAGGACAAUGUUCCAGAUGACCUUGAAGCCAUUUUUGCAGCUUCCAUUAAAAUUGAUAACACCUGCUGCAAAAACAAGGAAAACCGCCCAAAGAAGCAGGCAUCCAAGGCACUGGUCACCACAACCACCUCCACCACUACCACCACUCACAGGGUCUAA